AUGGCGACUAAAACAAGUAAAGAGACUGCUCCUCCUUUCGAUUGUCCAUCAUGGGCGGGAAAACCUCCUCCUGGGCUCCAUUUAGAUGUGAUGAAGGGAGACAAACUGAUGGAGAAACUGAUCAUAGAUGAAAAGAAAUACUACCUGUUCGGGAGGAAUCCCGACUUCUGUGACUUCACCAUCGACCACCAGUCGUGCUCCCGGGUCCAUGCGGCUCUGAUUUACCACAAACACCUGAAGAGAGUUUUUCUCAUCGACCUGAACAGCACACACGGAACUUUCCUGGGACACAUCCGUCUGGAGGCACACAAGCCUCAGCAGGUGCCCAUAGACUCCACCAUAUCUUUCGGAGCCUCCACGCGUACGUACACCAUCAGAGAGAAGCCUCAGACCCAGGGCCCUGCAGGUCCAGGGGACAGCAAGGUCGGAGACGAUGAGGAGCUGAAAGGACUCCUCGGCCUACCGGAAGAAGAGACGGAGCUGGAGAACCUGACGGAGUUCAACACGGCUCACAACAAGCGCAUCUCCCUGCUGACCAUCGAAGAAGGAAACCUGGAGAUCCAGAGGCCCAAAAGGAAACGAAGGAACUCCAGAGUCACCUUCAAUGAAGAGGACUCCAUCAUCAACCCAGAGGACAUUGACCCCUCGGUCGGACGCUUCAGAAACAUGAUCCAGACGGCCGUCGUACCCAUCAAGUCCAUGCAGGGAGGCCUUCCUCUGCUAUUCCCCAAUCCGGCCCCGGAGGUGGACUUGGCCCCAGAGGCCCCCCAGCUGCCCCUCACCCUCAACCCCACCCCCGUCACGGCGCCCUACCUCCCCGAGAACCACAACGAGCCGCGCAAAAAGAAAUACGCCAAAGAAGCUUGGCCGGGCAAGAAGCCCACUCCGUCGUUACUCAUCUGACCUUUGACCUGCUGCUGCUGACCUUCAGGUCAGCACCUGAACUACAGAGACUGUGACCUGCAGCGACUUCCUUCUUGUUAUCCCUCUUUUUUUUUAAAAUUGUUCUGAUGGGAAAUGAACAGCUAGGUGGCGUGUUUCUGGAUGUUCUCUCCACCACUCAGUGUUAGCAGUGGGUGCGUCGAAACAAACCGUUGUCAUGGUGACGAGGCAACGACAGUACAUCUGUCCCAGAGUUGUGCUUUAAGCGUUUUUUUACUGAAGGAAAAAAAAAUCCAACCUUAUUUUUGCUCCUCCAAUAUUUUGAUAGUUUUAUCAGAUGCGUAGCUGAAAAGUACUUUUGUAUCUUAACAUUUUACUGUGAGAAGUCGGGGCGGUGUCGAACGGAGCAGAACGUUGUUUUGUUUGUUUUUUUAUAAUAAUUUAAGGAACUCUUUAAGAAGUUCAGCGUCCGCUCAACGACUCAUUGACGCCAACAUCUGGACAGAAUGACGACAGAAUGUUCUGUCUGGAGCCACGACACGAAACUCUUUGGACAAACAGACGCAGGUCUGACUGAAUUUACUGGUUCUGUCCGACAGUUGUCUCUGGGUUCAAGUCCGCCGCCGUGGCGAUCCUGCGGUGAAAAGCCGUUAGUCAACAGUUCGACGCUCGUUAUGUCCUAAAACUUUUAUUUUCCAGUUUGUUCACUUUUUAAUGGUUUUGUCGUCCACCUAUGUUUCUGUUGCGAAUAUAAGCAGUUUAUGAAGUGAGUUUUUCUAUGAACCGAUACUGAACGGUGAUAUUGUGGACAUAUAGUACUGUGCAAAAGUUUUAGGCAGGCUGUUUACUGUGUGCCUUUUUGGUCGAGAGAACCAGGAAAUCAGAAAAAAAAAA